AUGUGGACUCAAGAAACCAAACAAAAUUCUCCAUAAUAUGAAUAUUUUUGCGGGGUUAACUUGGAUCGAGUUUCAUGGUCAAAUCCUGCUUCAUCUACUGGGAGGACAUGGCUACUUCUGACCAUCAGGCACUUGUUUGUGUGAGACAAGUGAAGCAAGAGGUGGCAGAAGAGUGGGAUGAGAGCAUGCCAUUACCAGGGGACAUCAUUGAAGGGUUUUCUGAGCAUGGUGCUGAUGAUUCCUUUUUACCUGUCAAGGCCACUUCAGAACUUAGUUCUCAGCUUGGCAAGAUUAACCAGCGGGUGGAAUUCAUAUGGAUAAAGGUUAGAAGAGGUGAUACCUUAGUGAAACUCCAAGCACGCGUUGUGCAGCAGAGGGGUUCCAUACUUCAAAGGAAGUAUACUAUCCAAGCUGCAACAGAUAACAGACAUGUUGCAGAAUUAGGGGAUCUGACAUUAGACCAGUGCAAUGAACUGCAGGAAAUGAGCAGGAGAGUGAACAAGAGGGGCAGAGAAUUCCGCAGAAGUGGGAUGAAUUAUGACUGGAAAAUGAAAGUAGCCACCUAUAUGCCUGAUCAAUGCUGUUCUGUAAUAAGCUCCAUUCUGUUUAUGCCCCUAGCUAGUGAGUACUGCAUCCAUACUACGACAGCUAGGUGCAUGGCAUGGUUUAGUGCAGCAAUUUCCUCUGGGGUCCCUCUUGUUUUUGUCAAUAUCCAAACAGAACUAAUUCCCUCCACGGGGGAAACUCAUUUCUGGAAAAGGGAAACAGCUACAUACAAACAAAAAAUAAACAACGCUACCCAAAUAAUGCAUGGUAUAAGGCUGUGGUUUCUACCAGGACUAGCAGAAAUUUCAUUCGUGUUAGUCCCUCGACCUAGAGAGGUGCGCUUUGGCAUGGAAAUUAAACGAACUGAAGAGGGCUUUGUGUGCAUCUAUUCAGUGAUUACAGGUUCAGCAGCUGAUCGUGCUGGAAUGAGACAAUUGUAUGAAGAGUCAAGUGCAAGUGGGUUUCUUCUGGUGAUAUCACGGUUGCAAUGCAAGAGCAUAAUGCCAAGCAAUGCUUGUUCUGGUGGUCUUGUUCAUUGCUGCGACCAAUCUGAAAUAAAGGAGAUUCUGAGUUCAGCUAUAGAGCAAUAUGAGACGAUUCAGCUGCAUGUCAUGGCCUGGCCAAACCAAACUCGUCCCAUUCCAACUCCUGCGGUUGGUUUUGCCAACCUGCUACCUCCUAAAUCAGAGUCAUGAACCUGUAUCUUCAAAUUAAUUCUUUUUUCCAUCAACUCAAUGCGAUUGAAUUUGUUUAAUUUUAGUCGUUAUAUGAUCACUUCAUUUGUUUUUUAAUACCCUUAACUUAUAUCAUCACAAAAUAGAAUUUGUUAAUGUAAAACCACUACAAACUUUAUGGUCGUUCAAUAACCCUGAAAAAAUUAGUCUCUAAAAGCACAUAAGGUUCCCAAGCCAUGAAUGUUUUUUAUGU